AUGUCGACAAGGUUGCUUCUCCUCCUUCUACUUGUCAACGCAGCAAUUGCAUGGCAAAAAUGCAAGACUUUGCCUGGCGACCCUUCUUUCCCCAGUCCUGAUACCUGGGCCUCAUUUGCCAAAAAUCUAAGCCAGCCACUUGUUUCGAACCAAUUGCCCCUUGGCGCUCCCUGCCACAAAACGUCUCCGGCAUAUGACCCGCAAGCUUGCGCCGCCGUCACAGCCCAACAAUUCAGUCAUACCUUCCUAGCGGCAAGCCCUAACGGUAUCCAAUGGACGAAUUAUAUGGAACUCGUGGCCAACGACACCGUCCAGCAGUGUGUCUUUGACCCCCAACCAGAUGCCACUUGCUACCAAGGACGAGUGCCCUCGUACUCAAUCAACGUUAGCACUGUUGCCGACGUACAGCACACUAUCAGGUUUGCCACCACUCACAACUUACACUUGGUCGUCAAGAACAACGGUCAUGAGAAUUUGGGUCGCAUGUUCGGUUACGGUUCCGUCGAACUCUUCAUGCAUAAUCUCCAAGAUUACACGUUCACCGACUCGUUUGUGCCGGAAGGUGCUCCCAGUGGCACCGCUGGCCAAACCGUAACCAUCGAUUCUGGCGUUCAGUGGGGUACCUUGUACAGUCUCGCUUCCCAGAACAACCGUACCGUUGCUGGAGGUAUUGGCGCAGGCGGAACUGUCGGUGCGGGCGCCGGAUGGCCCUUGGGCGGCGGCCAUAGCAUUUUGUCUCCUUACUACGGUCUUGGUGUCGACAACGUCCUCCAAUUCUCCGUCGUCCUCCCUAACGCUUCUUUUGUCGUCACGAAUCAGUAUCAAUAUCCCGACUUAUUCUGGGCUCUUCGCGGCGGCGGAGGACCCAAUUUCGGGGUCGUGUUGAAAACCACUUUUAGGACUCACCCCAAUCCUCCGUAUACCGCUGCCUUCUACGCUGCCACUGCGAGCUCGAAUUCAUCAUACUUCCAGCUCCUUGAAACCUUUAACAAACAUCACAACAGCAUCGCUGACUCUGGAUGGGCUGGUUUCUGGCCGUUCCAAGACCAAACCCUGUAUUUGACCCUCAUCGCUCAAGGGGCUCCUACCUUCAACACCACGGCGAAUUCGACCUUGCAAUCCUUCAUCAGUGAUUCAGCCGCCAUCCCGGGCGUGAAUAUUACCCUGAACAAACAAAUCGUAUACAGCGACUUUGAAGACUGGUACUACAACAACUUUAUUAACAGCACGAAUGGCUUUGGCUUUAAUUACACUGUUGGAGACGCCGGCGGCCUGCGCAUCACCGUCUCUUCGUGGCUCAUUCCUCGUGACGUAUUCGACAAUAACGCGACUGCGCUUGCUGAGGCGUGGAUGGGAAUUCCCGCUAGCCUACUUAUUUGUUGCCAUAGCCUGGUUGGAGGAGGAGCUGUUGCUCAAGGCGACCCAGACUCUGCUGCAGUCACCCCCGCCUGGCGUACCACCAUCAGCGACAUGACCAUUGCGAACGCAUGGGCAGAGAAUGCCACGGUUGCGGAGAUUCAAGCUAUCAAGCAGGGCGUCUAUGAUCAAAUCCAGCCCUUGCGCGCAUUGGCCCCCGUCCCUCUCGGUGGUCAAUACAUUAACGAGCCCGAUGACCUUGAGGUAGACUGGCAAGGUGCUUAUUGGGGCAGACACUACCCCCGACUCCUCGCUCUGAAGAAGAUAAUCGACCCUAAUGACUUGUUCAUUGUUUACAAGGGCGUCAAUUCGGAGUCAUGGGAUGCGAAUGUCGUUUGCAAGACUCUUCCUUGA